AUGGUUUCCCCACCUUCGCACGAAGAAGUCGAUCUUCCUCUUCCAAUUUAUCGAAUCUCGAGCCGCACGGAACGUUACAUGCUCUAUGAUUCCAAGACUUUUAUGUGGUUGCGAAGAAAGCAUAACAUCCUGGGUGUCCUCAUCGGUACCCUACCUCAGGUGCCACAGCAAAACAUUUUCUUGGGUCUACCUGUCGAAUUACAACCAGAAGAAGCCCGCCUGCUUGUUGAGGGCGGCUUGGCAUUUGUGGUGGAUGACCUCCGAUCUCAUACAGCUAAUCUUGCGGCUAGAAGCGCCAAAGACAAUCAAAGGCUAAGAUUAAAUCUUCGUCAGGAGGGGCUCAAGUUGGCUGGCGACUGGGAGGAGGAACGACAGCUGAGAAGCCAGCAAGUUCGGAAGAAGAAGGGAAUUGCAGAACUCGAUGAGUCCGUGGAAGAACAUGAAUUGACUGUGGAAGAUGGUGGACAGCGUGAAGAAGCGUCGGAGAGUCUGUUUGUCGAACAGCCAGUCUCGAACGCAACAAGUCACCCACAACUUGAACCUAAACAGAAUCGACAGCCAUGGUCAGUCACUCAAUCAAUAUCUUCGUUCUCGGUGCAGCACUUGAACAAGACAGCCUCAUCAACCCUACCGGCGGUUAAUCCAUCUUCUUAUGCUCUCUUCAAACGUCUGCACCAGAGGGGCUAUUUCAUGACCCCUGGGCUGCGAUUCGGUUGCCAAUUCUCAGUCUAUCCAGGAGACCCGCUGCGCUUUCACAGCCAUUUCCUGGCUGUUGGUGCCAAAUGGGACGAAGAAUUCGAACUUUUGCAGCUCAUCGGAGGAGGAAGGUUAGGCACAGGCGUGAAGAAAGGCUUCAUGGUUGGAGGACUGGAGGAGCAGCAGCCGAACGAGGACACAGGCAAAAGGUCGCAAGAACCUGACAACGCUGCGAAUGCUCACGUUCGCACAUUCUGCAUUGAAUGGGUUGCAAUGUAG